CAGAAAGCUGCAGGUCCCGAUUCGUAUGUGGGCAGUUGAUCUUGGUCGUGGACUGAAUUUUGUUCCUUCAGCCCGUCACUCUUUUCUUUCAUAAUUAAUACCAUCCGGUCUACCGCCGUUAACGCAACCCUUUCGUUUCUACGCUUCCUGAUUGGGGUGUAGCGGUAGCCGCUCUUAUUCUUCCACAAACUGCGUGGCAUACACGACGUAUCACAGCGCGUAGGAGCACCGUAGCUCCUGAGGAGUGUAUUAUUCCGUAACCUUUUUUUUACUUGCUUACAAUUCCCUUUCAUCCCAACUUUUAAACCUACCACGUUCUAUUAGCCCACCCCGGGAGCGCGCAUAGGCUUCCAUUGCAAAGGCAAAAGAAAAGAAAACAAACAAGAAAAGGCUGGCGCCGUUGAAGAGCCACAUUACUACAUUACUAGCAAUAAACAAGGAAAGGCCAAGAUUUGAACAGCGCCUCCGAACAAAGAAGCAACUUAGUCUCAACCCCUCUGCCGAACGCGCAGAAGAAAGAUUGCUGUUGCGCCCGCAUUCGUCCAACAAAGACGAGACGCAGUCGAACCAAAUACCUAUAUGCGACGUGAAGGAAAACAGGUGCUCUCUGUAUCCUGUCGACCCUAAUCAACACCUCAAUCGAACACUGUCACGCGUCGACUUGUACCCAUCGAUUCGCCUGAAUAAAAAAAAACCUAUAGAGUCGACGACAUAGAGGCAACGCAAGCAACUUGAAAGCAACGAACACCAGGCGGGGCAGGCGAACGGAAAGAAUAUAGCACCAAGUCUCGUUGUGUAACUGGACGUUGAUAUCGCCCAUUUUCCCGUCGUUGAUUUGACGACAAGGCGGUGUAACGCGACACACAAGUCGCAUUCGUCUUGCUGGAAGCUUUUUAAGAGGUAACUGAGCCACCUCAACGUAAUAAAAGAGGCGCUUCCACCACUCGAAACGAGCCAACCGGAAGAAAAGAAUAAACCGAAACAGAUCAGGGGGAGCCAGCCGCCAGCAACAAAACAAAAUCCAUCUGCUGUGCCAUCCUGCACCCUAUUUGCCUGCGUCUCCAAUUCUACAUCAGCGCCAUUCGACUGGCUUACCUACCUAUUCAAUUAAUCAGACGGAGCUCCUUUUUGAUCGUCGGCCUGUCCGCCUUCGAUUGCUGGACCCCGAAAUUUCCUUGGGCCGUGAUUGCCUAAAUUACCGAAACAGCUGCCGAAAAGUUACCCAUAGUGGCAGCUUCCCAGUACACAGCCGGCCCGGUCCCCGCCCGGUCGCCUUUACGACAGGCACCCUCGACAGAAGAUCCCCGAACAACCAUGAGCCCUCCCACACGCCGCUCAAGUCUCGGAAUGUUGUUAAGACGCAGCAAGUCAGGCGAGCUCAAGGGCAAGAAGGCCCAGCUCAGAGAACAGGAACUUCAGCGACAGCGUGACGCCUCGGUUCCCAAAUCCCCUCCUCGCCUCCCCGUGCUCUACAACGGCGCACCAGCCCCGGAGCUGCAGUCCUUUGGCGGCGAGAAUCCUCGUCCGGACAGCUUCCAGAUCGUCUCUGGCCAACACUCGUUUAUUGACAACCAGUCCCUUCUCUCGCGUCCCUCGAUGGAGCCCAGCUCACGCUCCGCGAUCAACAUUCCCGUCCCGCCCAUUCCCAAUGGCGCCUGGGUCGACCCCUAUGCUCGCACCGAGAGCAUGACGCAUCGUGGCAGGUACAGCUACGCGAGCAGCGCCAUAAGCUCGGUUAACAACCCGAGGAGGGUUCGAAGACGCAAGGACCCGACUCCUUUCAACAUUCUAAUCGUCGGUACGCAAGGUUCUGGCAAGACAUCAUUCCUAGAAUUCCUCAAAACUUCGCUCGCCCUGCCGCCAAAGAAGCGCACCAAGAGUACCAUCGAUGGCAGUGAAUUGACGCCUAGGGCUGCUGCUUCGGGCAACUUUGUUCCUCACUACCUCGAAACCGAAAUCGAUGGCGAACGCGUCGGUCUGACACUAUGGGACUCGGAGGGCUUCGAGAAGAACGUUGUGGAUCUUCAGCUCCGCGAAAUGUCGGCAUUCCUUGAAAGCAAAUUCGAAGACACAUUCACUGAGGAGAUGAAGGUUAUGCGUUCUCCUGGUGUCCAAGAUACCCACAUUCACGCCGUUUUCCUUGUCCUUGACCCUGCUCGUCUUGACCGGAACAUUGCUGCGGUCAAAGCUGCGCAAGCUCCUGGCAGCAAGACCCAGGGUAUUCCCGCGCGCGUUGUCGGCAGCCUAGAUGAGGACCUGGACCUCCAAGUUCUGCGUACGCUGCAAGGCAAAACCACUGUCAUCCCGGUCAUCUCCAAGGCCGACACAAUCACCACCAAGCACAUGGAUGUGCUCAAGCGAACCGUCUGGGAUAGCCUGAAGAAGUCAGGUCUGGAUCCACUGGAGGCCCUCGGGUUUGACGACGAUGAAGCGACUCCGGAUUCUAGCAGAAUCGACGAGGAGGAUGAGGAGCCGGCUGAGGACGAUGAAGAGGUAGCCAGCGGAGAAAAAUUAACAACACACGAAGAUGACGAAAUCGACGGCGAGGUGUCAAAUCAAGACGAGGACGAUGGCGAUGUUGUAGGCGCUAACUCUGCCUCGCCGUCGUCGAGGGCGUCGAAGAGGGAUUCAAUUCGUCGUAGUCGAACUGCAGAAGAACUCAAGCAGGACGAGCCGCCUUUCAUUCCUAUGUCGAUAAUCAGCCCGGACAUUUACGAGCCUGGUGUCGUCGGACGCGCGUUCCCGUGGGGAUUUGCAGACCCCAACAACGAAGAUCACUGCGAUUUUGUCAAGCUCAAGGAGGCCGUGUUUAAUGACUGGCGCGGCGAGUUGCGCGAGGCCAGCAGGGAGCAGUGGUACGAGACGUGGAGGACGAGCAGACUCAAGGAGCGCAAGCUGGCCGGUGGCGGACCAGUACAGACUGCGCGGAGGUUUGUUGGCCAGUGAUUUGUUGCCCUCCCUUUCAUUUGUCGCGGUGGAGAUUGGUUUCUUUUCUCCCUUCAGCUUUGGGCACGGCUUCGCCACCUUUAUCUUGUGUCCUGAUUCCCUCGUGUUUUCACCCUCGACUUGUUGGUAUCUUGUCGUGGUUUUAUUUUUGUUCAAAGCAGCAUACCCAAUUGUGCAACUGGCUUUUUAUUUGUCUUUUUUUUUUCUCGCAUAUUCGUUUCCACAACCGUGUAGGCUGGAUUGUUGACUUGUUGACAUUCCACGCUAUGUGCAGGACUGGCUUCAUAGAAACUUAGGGAUGACCACAGUGUCUAAAACCAAAUCCCGUUAUUUUACUAUUCUCAUACUACUUUAUCAUACCUGUUUCUUACUAGGUACGUGCGUGGGAAAUAUUGUAUUCACAAACCGGCUGGUAAGCAGUCUUCUGCGCGCACUUUGGCCGCGAUUCUUCAGCAAUUCAAGUUUUCGAUUCAUCUGUAUAUCUUAUUCAAGGGGAAUUCGCUUAGCCUUGCUUCUUACAUUUUGGUUCAUGCACAGAGUCUAGUCUGACUCGGUCAAGAUUGGCAAUUUGACAAUCGGGUAUCUUCUGAAGACAAGAAAGAC